GCAGGUGGGGCAGGGUGUGUGCAGACCUCAGGGCAGCAGAUGCAUGCUUGCUGUCCAGGGUGGUGGAGAAGGAUGACCUAUCCUAGAGCCCUGCUUUGUGAAAUUAUUAUUGUUUGAAAGCAGGCAGGAAGAUGGGAACGGGAGGAAUAUUGUGGGCUGUCUCAGGAGCCCAGCACUGAGCCCUCCUGCAGGCCGUGAAGGGAGAGAGCGUGUGCAGGAAACUGGACGCCUGGCUUGCAGUGGGAAAGCAGGGUCUCUGGGCUUCACAUGUGCUGCUCUGUAAGUGGUGGCCCCAUCCAGUGAGGCAACAGUGAGACCACAGAUGGCACCCUAGUCGGUGAGCAGGGCCCCGAGUGCACCUGCAGGACAUGUGGGAGAUGAGCAGGUGGUCCCUGCCCCCGGCCUCCUUCCACGGGGCUCGCCUGUCUACCUGGUGCUAGCUCUGUCCUUCGUGCAAGGCUGGGAGGGUUUAAUUUGGAAUUUAGUAUUUCUUACUUAGCAAAGCAAACUGUAUGAAUCUUUAACCCUUGGGGGGGACCCUCUGUGGUCCCAUAAGUUCUGGGAGUCCCCAGGCUGUGUGUCAGGACCCCAGGAGACAGGCAGAUGCGGCUGUAUCAGGUUGGAGAGGCCCCAGAAAGUCACUGGGAAGGGGGGCUGUGGAACAGUUUGUGGCUCCUGGUUUCCUUUUCUGUUGCGUUUUGUGCUGUGGGAUGGGGGCCUGGACCACCAGAGGUCAGAGGGUUCAGACAGAGGGGUCUCUUCCUCAGGGGUCCUGACAGGGAGAGGCCUCGCAGGAGGCAGGGGUGGGCCCUUCUCCCUGUCCCCGUGGCCCCGGCUCAGGGCCUGAGGGUAAAGGAGAACUCGGGUCCUUGUGAAAGAUGUUUCCAGGGGACUGAGCAGGUGACGGAGGGUCAGCACAGAGAGGAUUAACUGGCUCUGAUUUGGAAGCUCCGGGGUGUGUCCCGCUCACCGCUGGGCUGGGCUGUCGUCAGGCCAUGUGUCAGCUGGAGCUCCGUGACCCCAGGACCUCCCAGCCUGUAGAGCAGCCUUGGUGCGAGCUCGGACCACCCACCCCCUCUGCCCUGGGGCGGAGGAUGCUCCCGGGCCUCACACUGCAUGGGACGGGCUGGCCCUGCCUAUCCUUAAACUGUUUUGUUUGAGUCACAGGACAGAAAUAAACAGGCCAAAAAGGAUGACUGUGACACAGCCAGGGUUUGUGCGCUGUCGCCAAGCCCAGCAAGGGCCCAUCUGCGACGCUGGGCAGAUGUUUGCAGAAAACGCGGUCUUUGCCUGCCGGAAGCCUGUCAAGUGGACACGAGUCUCCGGGGCUGUGGUCUCACGCCAUCUACUGGGGCAACCAUGGGCCAUUUCCAGCAGGGACGGUGCAGCGUUGCCCUGGGUGCCUGACUACCACCACCUCCAGAGAAUCGCAGUGUCUAAAAGGUGACAGUGACUAGGAAGAGGCUCUCCUGGCCGAGGCCCCGGUGCACGGAGAGGAGGAACCAGAAAUCUCCUAAUUGGUACCACAUACAUCAGAUGGAUGGUUUCUAGCCUGCUUCCAAACCCCACCUCAGCGGAGUGCUGGGCGGCCCUUCUACAUGAUCCUAUGAUUCUUGAUAUGGACGCGGUCCUGUCAGACUUUGUUCGGUCCACGGGGGCAGAACCUGGUCUGGCCAGAGACCUGCUGGAAGGUAAAAACUGGGACCUGACGGCCGCUUUGAGUGACUAUGAGCAGCUCCGACAGGUGCACACAGCCAACCUGCCACCUGUGUUCAAUGAGGGCAGGUGCCCCAAGCAGCCGGAGCGAGAGCCGCCCCCUCCCGGGCACACGGCGGACCGGCCCUGCCUGCCCCGGCAGGAGGACAUCGCCCAAGGUACCGGCCGAGGGACCCCCACCCCGCCAGGCACCAGCUCCCUGGCCAGCACACCGUGGCUCACAAGGGGACUGGGGUCGGGGAGCAGAGAAUGGCCAGGUCACAGCCUCCCAGCUGCAGACAGAGCAGUGUCUCCAUGCACCAUGCCUCUUACUAAGUGGAACUGUCCUCUGCAGCUUCCAUUCCUGGUUCAGAAAAACAGGAGAGUGAGUCGACUUCCCUCCAUCGUCUCUCUGGCCCGGUCGCACGUGGCGAGCGAGUGCAGCAACGAGCAGUUCCCCCUGGAGAUGCCCAUCUACACGUUCCAGCUGCCGGACCUAAGCGUGUACAGUGAGGAUUUCCGGAGCUUUAUCGAGCGGGACUUGAUCGAGCAGGCGACGAUGGUGGCUCUGGAGCAGGCCGGUCGCCUGAACUGGUGGUCCACUGUGUGCACGAGCUGUAAACGGCUUCUACCCUUGGCCACGACGGGGGAUGGGAACUGCCUUCUACAUGCUGCCUCACUGGGAAUGUGGGGUUUUCACGACCGGGACCUAGUUUUGCGGAAAGCUCUCUACACCAUGAUGAGGACAGGGGCCGAAAGGGAAGCCCUGAAGCGGAGGUGGAGGUGGCAGCAGACGCAGCAGAACAAGGAGUCAGGGCUGGUGUACACCGAGGAGGAGUGGGAGCGGGAGUGGACGGAGCUGCUGAAACUGGCCUCCAGCGAGCCGCGCACGCACUUCAGCAAGAACGGCGGCACCGGCGGCGGCGUGGACAACUCCGAGGACCCCGUGUAUGAGAGUCUGGAGGAGUUCCAUGUCUUCGUCCUGGCCCACAUAUUAAGAAGACCCAUUGUCGUGGUAGCAGAUACGAUGCUGAGGGACUCGGGCGGAGAAGCGUUUGCUCCGAUCCCAUUUGGAGGGAUUUACCUGCCCUUGGAGGUGCCUCCCAACAGAUGCCACUGCUCACCUCUGGUUCUUGCCUAUGACCAAGCGCAUUUCUCUGCCCUGGUGUCCAUGGAGCAGAGAGAUCAGCAGAGAGAACAAGCCGUGAUCCCCCUGACGGAUUCGGAGCACAAGCUGCUGCCUCUGCACUUUGCGGUGGACCCCGGGAAGGCCUGGGAGUGGGGAAGAGACGACAAUGACAAUGCCCGGUUGGCCCAGUAAGACCCGACCCUGU